UUGGCUCCCCGAGGAAAGCCUCGUCGAAGGGGGCGGGGCUUCGCGACACGUCACCGGGGAAACCCCCGGCACCUUCUCUUUGCCUGGGCGCGCCGGGACCAGAAGCUGGCAGAACGCGGGAGAGAGCGAGCCGAGAGCAUCGUCCGCCCCGUCGACUACCGGCGCUGCUCCGAAGGCCCGUCGCAAGAAAGCCUCCCGCUGGAUCUCGCUGCGCCGGACAUGAUGCCGAGCAAAACGCCGCGCAAAGGCGCGCUGCGCAACCCCGCGCCCCCAGACUCGGAGGCGGUACGGGAAUGUGCCUUGCAGCUACGCAGGAUGGGGGACAAAUGGAAUCUCCGCCAGAAGAUCCUCAACCUGAUUUCAAAGCUUUUCUGCCCCGAAACGUGAGAGCGCUUUGAGGGAAAGGAAAGGAAAUGGAGGAAGAGAAAUCAAAGAAAAUUUCAGAAGACCCGACCUUUACGUGUGUGGAGUCGUGAAAAGAGACUUCCGUAAGACAGAGGAGAUGAAAGGUUUCCUGUGCAUUUCUGCAGCCAGUUUCCUGUGGAGAAAAAAGGCUCCUGUGAUAUGAUUUCUUCAGAAAACGUUUGUGAAAGUUUGCUUGAAAAUGGAGGGAACUGGAGAAGAGAGAACUGGAAUUUACUGUUUACCGGAGAUGUUGGACUGUGAAGGGCACUGGGAAAGGAAGGAAUCUGGGAGGGGUGCCCCAACCCAGACUUCAACGUUCUGAUUUCCAUAGGUCUCGAAUUCAUUCACUCAGCUGUUAUACUGUUAUGAAAAUUUAUGGGAUUUCAUGCAUACCAAUGGGCAACAUUCCACCACCGCUCCACUCUAAACUCUGGACAGUGCAAAUCAGUUUAUCAGCUCUUUGCAAUUCCCAUUUCCUAGGAAUUGGAAUCCCAGCCUAAACUAAACUAGGGAAAGGAGUAUUUUGCUUGUGUGUUUGUUACAGCGAAAUGAAUGUAAGCUGUUACAUAGAAUCAUAGAAACGUAUAGUUCAGCUAUGUAAUACAUUAUGUUCAUUUUUUAAAAAAUGUAUUACACUGCAAUGCUAUCAAUUUGCAACGCUAAAUCGAGUAGAUCUGCAGUGCCAAUGUACCAAUAUUAGUCCUACAGGUAGGACAUUGUAUGAUUACUUAUUUUUGUUGCGACUAUAAUGGGUUACUUUUGGGUUAUCAGCUAGAACCAAAUGUUUCAGGUGAAUGUUUGAAAGCACACCAGGAGGCUGUUUAACAGCAUCCUUUCAAUAGAAGUUACAGUAUUCUUAAGAUGAGUUGUACAACUUUAGCUAGCAGUUAACAGAAUACAAUUUCCCAUUUAUAACAAAUGUGACAAUUUCCCUUACAGUGUUAGGCUUAAACGGAGGAAGCUGUAGAAAGAAAGGAGCAAGUGAAGAGUUACAUUUCAGAGGGAAAAUAUGACUACUUUUUCUUUUACGCUAAGAAAACCAACCAUAUUAUUCAAAAUGUGUCAGGAAGAUGAAAUGUUACAGCUGCUUUUCAAAUGGGGGAGAGCUAGCAAAGAGAGCUUUAACCCAAUCUAGAGAUGGAGGCGAUAUUAGGCGUGCCAGCAGGGAUUCCCUUCAUACUCAGAGUUUCCCAUUCAUUACAGUGGGAGAAUUUGAUUUGUGCGUUCAGAAAAAUCCUACCUACCAGCAUGAAAAUGAACCCAAAAGGUUUUUAAGUCUGAAUGUGCUGCAGAUCUUCAAUUUCCCAGUCUGGAGAUCUGACAUUAAACAAACCGCAGGAUUAAGUCGCCAACAUUUUUAUUUCACGUUCCACCUGGCAGGUUAACGAAAUGCACUUGAGCCCUGGUUAAAAGGCACAUUACAACUAUGGCUCAGAUACAAUACAUUUCUAGCAUCCUCCUGCCAUAACAAGUGCACAUUCUUCAGUAAUUUCAAUAAGACACUAUAUUUCAAAGCCAGGAUCCUCCUCACCCCCGUCAGACUGCCUUCCAUAAAAGUGUAAACAGCUAAAAUAGUUGACCUCAAUGAAAAGCUGGCAAAUCUUUCUCUGUGAGUGAAGUGUCAUUUCAACAAAUUUUGAUUUUCUAAGAUUGCUUUCAUCUAGUACAUGUUGCCAGAUUCUGGCUGAGUUAAGUGUUCAGGAAAACAAAUAACUGUGGAAGUAUGAAGUGUCAUUUCAAACCUAUGGUAGAAGACUUUAUUUAUAAUGUGUGUUGUUGUUUUUUGCAAUGGUGAAUCCCUCUCCCCUUUGUAUAAUGUUUUGAUGCUGGUGUAUUUGCGAGCUAUAUGUGUUUAUGUCAAAAAGAUUGUUUACAGCAAAAUAGCUUGUUCGAAGUGUUUAAGGGUCGUAUUCGCAAGCAACCUGGUUCAUGCUUCUUUGCAAACAAGUUUCAUCCGUUGCCUUCCACGAUGGGCUGCCCAGGCUUCUUGUUUUCAUUUCUACAAAUAUUUGUGUUGACAUCUUGCUGAGUUAAUGAACUUGAUGUGUGUUGUUGUUGUUUUUUGUAAAAUAAAUAAAUUAAUGCUUUGGAAUAUAAUUUCUGUGGAAUUUUAAUACAUAUACAUUAUGUCUCUUUUACAGUUGACAAUAAAGCUGUAACAGCUAUAUUGUUAU